AAUAGGCAACAUUAAAGUGUAUGGUUCCAUCAGCUGACUGGAACCAUAGCCCGAACACGGAUUUUGACUCCAGCUGCGGGUACUUUGCACGGACUGCUUUCACGUCACCCCGCCCGUCUGCCGUCUGCCCGUCUCCUCCCUGCAAUCUUAUUGCGACCAUCUCUUUUGAGCGGCUCUGAACUGGAGAGAGAGAGAUACUAAAUAGAUUCAGCCACCAACAUUACCUACCUGCGCGAGCGAAUUACGGGGAGGACGCUCAAGUACGCGCGCGUCCACGCGCACUCGCUGAGUAGCAAGACAAUAUAAGGCAAUAAAUAAAAAGCUAAAUUGGAAUUGGAGUUUUCAACACGAAGGCUAUUCCUUAAAAAUUAAAAUAGAAGAAUACAGCUUUACUGAAAAAAAGCAACAGCCAUGCAUCUAAACAGAGAAGAAGGGAACAGCAAAGGGUCUCUAUCUAUCAGUGUGUUCCUGGUAUCUCUGGGGCUGACGGUGUGUGUCGUGUGGCUCGUAGCUCUGUGUGGAGUCUGCACCUGGUGUCAACGCAAACUGGGGAAGAGGAACAAGCCUGCGGUGGAGGCAGCCAGCACCCCAGAUUCAGUUCAGAUUCGUGGCCGAGGGGAAAACAAAGCCAUCAAUGAUCUAGACAGGGACUUUUGGAAUAACAAUGACAGCAGCAACGUGCAGCAGAGAUGGAGCUCCUACCCGCCCAAGGAGUUCCUCUUAAACAUGUCCCCCUAUGCCCCGUAUGGAGACCCUCGCCUCACGCCCAAUUUUGGGGACCCCUCCCUCUCGGCCGCCUCUACUCUGGAGCACAUUCCAUCCUCUGCAGCAGCCCGUCCUCGUCCCCUGGUGCGACAGCAGAGUCUCCAGCAGCCUCUCACCCACCAGCCCCCUCCGGGCCCCAAUGACCCCCCAGCCACCUCCCAGAGCCUGGGCCAGCUGCACACAGGGCUCGGGGGCGGGGGGCACCGGGGAGGCCCGCGGGGAGUGCGGGGGAGUCCAGGGGGGACAGGUGCUUCCCGGUACAGAGGAGCAGGAGGAGGACGCUCCAGGUCCAACCCAGGCAGCUGGGACCACAUGAUGGGACAGAUCCGCAACAGAGGACUGGAUGUCAAGUCUUUCCUCGAGGGGAAGAUGGUUGUUCUGUCACUAGCGAUCGGGCUGGCUGAACAAGAUGACUUCGCCAACCUCCCAGAUCUACAGGAAGCACCAGCGUGCCAAGAAAACUCAACUCCACCGGACAAAUCAAGCAGGAGCCUGGGUAAACCUGGGAGCCAGACCCCAGAUGAGGCAGGCCGCCUCGGGAACUCCUCCGUCACAGACCUGGCCAACUCUGUCACCUCCAGCGACAUUCACAUGCUCUCUCCGGGCUCAGAAGAGGACACAGAAGGGCCUGUGGUUGAGAAGCUGGGCCGGAUCCAGUUCAGUGUGGGCUACAGCUUCCAGGACUCCACCCUGACCGUCAAGAUCCUCACGGGCCAGGAGCUUCCCGCCAAGGACUUCUCUGGCACCUCAGACCCCUUCGUCAAACUCUACCUGCUGCCUGACAAGAAGCACAAGCUGGAGACUAAGGUCAAGAGGAAGAACCUCAACCCUCGCUGGAACGAGACCUUCCUGUUUGAAGGGUUCCCCUAUGAGAAGGUGAUCCAGAGGACCCUCUAUAUGCAGGUGCUGGAUUACGAUCGCUUCAGCAGGAACGACCCCAUCGGGGAGGUGUCCAUCCCCCUUAACAAGGUGGACCUGGGCAACCAGCAGACCUACUGGAAGGAGCUGAAGCCCUGCAGUGACGGCAGCGGGAGUCGAGGAGACCUGCUGGUGUCACUGUGCUACAACCCUCAAGCCAACACCAUCACUGUGACCAUCAUCAAAGCCCGCAACCUCAAAGCCAUGGACAUUGGAGGCACCUCCGAUCCCUAUGUGAAGCUGUGGCUGAUGCACAAGGACAAGCGUGUGGAGAAGAAGAAGACGGUGACAAUGAAGUGCUGUCUGAACCCCGUGUUCAACGAGUCCUUCCCCUUCGACGUCCCCGCCCACGUGCUCCGAGAGACCACCAUCAUCAUCACCGUCAUGGACAAGGACAAGCUCAGCCGCAACGACGUCAUCGGCAAGAUCUAUCUCUCGUGGAAGAGUGGUCCGGCGGAGGUGAAGCACUGGAAGGACAUGAUGGGUAAACCUCGUAAUGCCGUGCAGCAGUGGCAUGCCCUCAAGGCCUGAUACUGUAGGUCCAGUCACAUCCACCCAGACCAUCCCAGUCCCCUGCCCUGCUCUCCCACCCUAUCGUUAUGCACAAGGCUGACUCGCUGCAGAACAUGGGUACAAAUAGCCAUCCAACGCAUCCACCCAACGCAUCCACUCUCUCCUCCUGCCUGUCCUCUCUCAGAUCCCCAGUGAACUUCUCCUUCCUCUACUCCCCUCUGUUAAGCCGGGUCCUUUCUGAGUCUUGUUGCUUUUAAGUCAUACUUUCCUCUCAACCGUUGUUUUUUCUCCUUGGUCCACCUUUACUCUGUUUUACUCUGGAGCAGUACACUCUGCCAGCCCUAGGGUGAGCCUCAGCAACCAACAAAAACAGGUUCAAAUAGACCAUAUAAGAAUCCUGCGUAAGGAGCUGGUGAAGGGCCUGUCUUCCAGGAAACAUUAUAUCUGUGACUGUGUGACAGACUGACCUACAAGCCAGUGACCUGGGCCAGGAAUCCAGUUCCACCAUUCAUCCUGUGUCUCUCCAUCGUUCUCCUGUGGCAGUGAAGGGAGGCGUCUUUUCUCCCUAAUCACUGCUCUCUCUGUCAUCAGAAGCAAUCUGGUUAGCUGUUCAUUAUUGUUUUUUUGCUUCCCAUGUUGACCCAUUGUUUCGUUCUCUUCUGCAAACACACAGAGAAUACAACAGGAAGGAUCGAUAGAGAGAGAGAGGUAAACCAUUGGAAUAGAAGAGGGACGGACUGUCUGGAUGAUAAUGGAAUUAGACGUGACACUGUCACUCCACCCCAUUCAUCAUCUCUGAUCUCUUUCUCUGGCACCACUGUAGUGAUUCUUCCCUGGCUGGACCCCCUUGUUGUCUGUGCGUUCUGUGGGUGAUGUGCUGUAACUCUAAAUGAAGUUCUAGAUCAAAAAAGGAGAAAAUGACUGAUCAUUUACACUGGUCCAUGGGGGAAAUGUAAAAAGACGUUCCUAUUUUCUGGAGAGAAAAAAUUAUAAUAAUGACAGAAAAAGAGUAAAGUCAUCAAUGUUGUGUUUUUUGUUUGUUUUUAAAAAGCCUAAAGAGACCAAUCAAAAUGUUCUUCCAGAGACAGUAAAUAGAAGCAAAAAGACAGCUAUUAUUGCGUCGUAAUCUCUCUCUGUGUGUGUGUGUGUGUGUGUGUGUGUGCCAGCAAAAGUUAGCGUGUGAAUACGAGUGCAAGUGUGAGUGCAAGUGUGUGAAAGUAUUGGGCUUGCACUGCUAUCAAAUGAAUAACGACAAUAUUACUGAUAAUAAUGAUGACAAUAAUAAUCAUCAGUAUUCUACUGGAUAUGUUUGAAGACUUGGAGAGGUCACAGCAGCUAAGCAGUGACAGAGAGAGAGAGGGGUACAGUCUGUAGGGUAGUGCCUGCUGCCUGGUGUGGAACAGUAAACAGAGGAGGAACUUGACAUGAACCACCAGUCUUCAUCUGAGCUGCUUUCUCUCAAUUGCAUCAUCCACUGCAGAUAACCAUAAAUAAAUGCACCUCCCCCUACCAAGUCAGUUUUGUUUCCAAUGGAGCACUAAGCCAAUUGAUCUUGUCCCCAUCAAGGUUGUUAACGUUACCUGUUUGUCUCUGUCAGUCAUUUUGUGUAAUUCUGCCUGUCUGUUGGAAUCUGUGUCUGUUACGUCACUUAGUCUGUAAGUCAUUUAGUCAACAUCUUAUUCAUUAGUGUGCAUGUUACAGAACACAUUGUUAUAAGAAUGUUAGUAGAUAAAUGUUUAGGGUCUUAGUGGAGGGCUGUUCCAUUACUGGCCAAACCCCCUCUGCUCUGUCCUGCUCCUGAUGUUAGAUAGUUAGGGUGUUAGUGGGUCUUCAGGACCACGGCUGUUACAAAGCAAACCCCCUCUGUUCUGUCCUGCUUCAGGACCAGGCUGUUCCAUUACUGGCCAGACCCCCUCUGCUCUGUACUGCUCCUGAUGUCAUCCUGGUGUGACCUGUUCCAAGCUUAAGUCUCUCUCUCAUCACACAAUGGGCUGAAGGAUAGCUACAAGAGUAAUAAUAUCAACUAAACCUAUUUUCUGUUUACAUUUGACUGUUUAUUUGUGUCUACUGGAUAUGUGUGUGUGUUUGCAAUGUGUGUAUGAGUGUGUCAACAUCUGACUGUUAGUUUGUAUUUACCGUGUAUGUAUGUGUGCUCGGUGUUCGCUUUUGCCAUUUUCAUUUUCUUAAUAUGGAAUCUGUUUUUUUGGCUGUUUUUAUUCUGUAUAAAGUAAUUUAGAUGUUCA